AUGGCCGUCGCACCCCCAACAACCUCGCAAAACCCUUUGCAGCUCGAGCUACAGGCUUUGCAGGCAAAGCAUCCUCAGUACCACGUUGUGAUUUGGGCUACAGAUGGUGGAUCUGCCAGUCUUCUGCCAGGAGCGCGAUGGAUUAAACGAGAUACCUUAUCCAUUUCAACCAAUAGACGAAACUCCUGGAACUUUACCUACGGUACACAUCUCUACGACUACUAUGUCAUCAUUGAAGGAAAGUUUGAAUAUCAUAACGAGAAAAUGAAAGCAACCGAUUAUUCGAGUUUCGUGGCCUCAACUGCUGGCUUCGACUUUGGGACGAAGCAAAGCGUCAUGAGACCCAAACCCGAAUUUCAAGCCGAUUCUUGGAUGAAGCAUCUGUCUGACGACCUGUGCUUGAAAGAUUUGACACUGCCUGGAACUCGUUGCAGCAGCGCCUCAAUCUAUUGGAUCAACGAUGUCGGGAACCUCGAAGUUGAGCCAGAGAUCAGCGACAAGGGGCUAAAAACACGGGUUCUCGACAUGAGUAAGUGUCACAGGGACAGUAUCCGAGCUCAGCUGAAAAGCGGCAUCCGCUUGCUGGACCUACGCUGCGACGAAGAACGCAGGCUACGACACGGGCCGCUGGUUCUUGAUAAGCAACUCGAUGACGUUCUCGAUGAUGUCAAGAAUUUCUUGGAAGAUAAUGAUCGGGAGGUUGUCAUGGUCAUGCUCAGUUUCUCGUCUGCUUCCGCGGUGUAUGAGGCCGGAAAGCCCUGGUCCGAGGGCUACAGAAUCGAGUACGACGAGGUGCCAGAUCACUUCAACCGAGAGUUCAAGAAGGAUAUGAAAAAAGAUAAGGACUUGUAUACGGGAAAGAAAUGGCCUCGACUUGGGGAAGUUCGCGGCAAGGUUGUCAUCUGUCGCGGGUGGGAUGUGGACGCCGAACAAGACCAAUGGGGAUUGCACUGUCGGCUGCCAAAAUGGGAAGCUGCCCAUGGUUUUACGUCAAAUAUCAAAGCCUCUGCUCUUGCAGCUCACAGAUGGAACGAGCUGGUGGGAGACUUUGGGAAACAAGACGCCCCCAAGUCAAUCGUGCUGGCGGCUUGUCUGCAUCAUGACCCGGCGGACGAAGAAAGUUGGAUUCCCCCUUUGCAGACCGCACCCAUACUUCAGAGGAAGGCGGAGGAAUACAUCAGAAAGAGCACGAAGAAGACGAAGCAUUUGUGGAUCUACGGGGACGAAAUGAAGAAGAAAACAAACAUGGCUAUCGCGAAGUUGAACUUUUUGGGAUCCGACGAUGUAGACUUCACUCGACCACCACCGAUGACGGUCAAGUCGGCACCCGUACUACUGGUGGCUAUACAUUGA